AUGUUUUUUUCUAUGAACAACGAGGAAAACCAAAAUGAUACCACGAAAUGCAAAUUAACAGAAGAAGGAGAGACGAAUACAUUUUUUGAAGUGCCCAAUAGAGAUAUGAAAGGAGUUCUGAAUGACCAUAUGGUAAGAGAAAAUAACAAUAUAACAGAGAAAGAAACUGUAAUAAAGAAAAAAAACGAGCAUGCCAUAAAUCCAAGCAGUGUGCAAAACCUAAAGAAGGAAAAUGUAGAAUCUCCAAUUCAAUAUACUAUAAGUGUGCUGGAUGAAAUAGUUUCAAAAACAAGUGAAUAUUCAAAAUUAUUUCUUAACCAUUUUAAUGAAAAUGAAUCCCAGUUAACAAAAACUGGUAUAAGUGCAAAUUUGGUACUAGACAGAACCAUUAAGGACUAUAUGGAAAGUAAAGAAAAUUAUCAUCCUGACCACAAGGAUCUAGAUAAUCUUCAAAAGUGUGAAAAGGAAAAUGUAAUGAACAAUUUCAACAGAACAAUGUUUAUUAGAGAAUAUAACGAAAAUGAUACAAAGAAAGAAUGUUACCUGAAUAACUACAAAGAUGAAGAUGUAUACAAUGAUCUGAAUAAAGUCUAUUCAUGCUAUUCAAAUUUCUCAUUUGAUAAUUUGAAUAAUAUGGAUAAUAUCACAGCAAGCAAGAGUGAGGCGAAGCUUUUCCAAUCAGAUGGAGUUGUUAAUAAAAGUAUUGGAAGGAAUGAAUGUAUAAAACUUCUACAUAUGGGAAACAAUGAGGAGGAUAUUAUCAAAGAAAAUAAAACUGGUUCAGGAAAAAAUGAGAUACGGGAUAUGUUAUCGACAUGUAAUACAGAAAAAAGUAACUCAUAUGAUGAGAGUCAAAAAUAUUCAGACCAAGAAAUGAGUGAAGAUUGUAUGAAAAGAACACAUAGCGAUGAUGCUAUAGAUGAAGAUAUUGUAGAAGUUUACUCAAAAAAAGGAAAAGAGGAAUUUAAAAUGAGUAACAAAAUGGAAAAACCAGCGUUAAGUAAUAAAUCGCUAGAAGAAUUGAACUAUAGCAAUAGAAAAUCACAUUCUCCAUCAUUCAUAGAAAAGGAAAAUCUUCUGGAUAUCUCUUCCAUAGCAGAUCAAGCAAGGAAAAGAGUAUGUGCUGAACUUGGCUACGAUUUAAAUGAUAUAGGAAAUUUUAACUUGUUGACAAAUGAGAGGAAAUCUGAUGAAAUUUUUCAAGAAGUUGAUACUUUGGACACUAAGAAGAGUACUGUGGAAAGUGAGAGUGAUGCUAAGGACCCAGAUGAAACAUUUGAUUCUUUGCACUUGGAUAGUAAAGCAGAAAAGAAAAGCUCCAACAGUAACGAAAGCGAAAGAAGCAAUGAGGGAAGUAGAAAUAGCUCAGACGAAAUAGAAAAAAUAUUUAGCAAGUAUCAAAUUGAAGUAUCGCACGUGUCUAAAUAUUUCGACUUUAAUAAGAACGAAAAAAAGGAAAAUAUAGAAGCAGAAAAGGAUCUUGAAAAGGAAUAUGGUGAUGAGCAUAUCGAGAAAAAAGAGCAAAUUUUUGUCUAUGGGGAAAACGAAGAAGUGGUAAACCAAAACGGUGAUAAUGUAGAACGUAUAGGAAGUACGGACGUCCGUUUUAUUAUGGACGAAAAAUAUGGAAAUGAAAAUGGAAGCGGAUUAAAUGGGAGAGAUUUAAAUGGGAGCGGAUUAAGCCAAUUUAAUGAGGAAUCGCUGAAAAAAAGACCAUCAAUGAAUUAUUUAUCCGAAGAAGAAUCUAUAAACCUAGAUGUGUAUGAAACGAAUUACUUAACAGAAGAUGUACUAAAGGGCGUGCUAAACGUGAAGGAAGAAAAAAUCACGUUUGAAAUAUUUAAGAACAUAUACUCUGAUGUAAAUUACGACAUCAACUUGUCCAAUGUGGAAUUGUUGUUUAAUGCUAUUGAACAGAAUAGCACCCAAAAGGUUAAGAACGAACAUACUACGGAUCUCCUGAAUGGAAAUAAAAUGGAAGAAGGAGAAAAAUAUGUAACUGUUAAUGACAUAAAAUCAUAUAUAAUAGAAAGGAAUACACAAAAUAAUAACUACUUCAAUGAAAUUAUCAAAAUGAUUGUUCAUUUUAACAAUAUAUUAUUAUUAAUGAUGAAUAAUAACGAAACAGAAGUAAAAGAUAAAAUAUUAUUUGAGCUUUUAUCCUUAAAAUUUUUAUCCAUAUUUAACGACAUUCUACAUGUACAGAACAAUUUUGACAACUUGAUUAAACAUAUAAAUGAAAUAAUAAAAUUAAUUAUUUCCCAUGAAUCGAAAGAACAAGGUCUGAAGGAAAUUAUAUCUGGAUAUUUAAUAAGUCAGAAAAUUAGGGUUCACGAAAAUAACAUCCUAUCACAGUUGAGCCUUACAAAUCACAUACAUAAUCCACAAUUGAAUAAACAACUUGAUAUAAAACAAGAUAAAGAAUCCUGUAACAUCUUAGACAAAGGAAUGUCUAAAGAUGUUGAUUCUGAAAUAGGCUUAGAAGAUGUAGAACUAGCUAAGCAAGAAACAAAACUGGAUUUAUCGCCCACUACAGAUACAUAUAAAAAAGCAAAAAAUGAAAACGAUCCUGUACAAACAAAAACGCUUAAUACAAAUUGUGUAACAAGAAACGGAAAGAGGGAAUCUAUUGUGGACACUGAAAAAGAGGAUAAAAAAUUAAUCAUGAAACUGAUAGAAGCAGAGAAUAAUACACGAAAUUUAACAAAGGACAUUAUAAUGGAUGAAAUAAAGAAUACUGAUGAAAGUACUGUAAAAGAUGAUUUGAAAUCUAAUUCUUCUCACGCUAAUAGGAAAGAGAAAGGGUCUUGCAACCCAUUCCUCAAUAAUUUGAAUUCAUCAAAUGAUGCAAUGGUUAGCAGUAACAACAAUUUAAGCAGUAGUAGUGAAGUAUUAAAUGGCAGCAACGAUCUUAGUAGUAUCGACGGAAUGAACAAAAUAGAUAGUGUGGAAGGUUACGAGAAUGGAAUAAUAAGAAACAACAAAAAACAUAUCACGUGUAAAAAUAAUAAAAUGAAGGAUUUAAUAAUAAAAAAGAUUAAUAAAAAAUCGAAUGUUGUGGACGAAUUAAAGACGAAGCAGAUUCCUAUAAACGAGGAAGAAAAUGAGAAAAACAAAAAAAUUAAAAAAGUGAAAAAAGUGAAUAGGGAAAAAACAAGUCAGAGAAGUUUCAUUGCCCUAACAGAAGUAAAGAAAAAAAUGGAAUUAACAAAAAAUGCUAAAAAUAGAAAAACAGUAGACAACCAAAAAAAAGGUGAAGGAAAUCAAAAAAUUAUUGAUCAUAAAGAAGCCCUUGAUAUUAAGAAAGUAGAGAAUUGUAAGAAAAUUGAAAACUACUUAAAAAAUGUACAAGAAAAUAAAGAGAAAAGUAAAAUGUUACCUAAUAAUAACCUUAGUGAGAAAAAGGACGAACUGAGCCACAAAAAAAAUAAUAAAAUUGAAGUUUUCACAAAUCAGAAUUUUAAUUUCUCCAAAUUUAGCCAAAAUAGAAACACACACGUCAUUUCGAAUAAUAUGAUGAGCUGUAUCUCAACGAGUGACAGAAAUGUACCCACCAUCUCAGCUACAGCUGCAGCGAUGGAGGGAGACCUGGAAAAGGGGAUUGAGAAAAAUAAAUAUUCUCCACAGAAUAAUUUUUUGCAAGAAAAUGGACAUUCUCGAAUAUUCUUCCAGAACAAUCCUAGCAUGAGCAAUACAUACAUGAAUGGAAUCCAAAUGAAUAGGAACCAAAUGGGUGGAAUGCAAUUGAGCAACAUCCAUGGGAAAAUAAAUUUCGUAAACAGUCCAAUCUCUUGUGAGAUUAAAAGUAAAGAAAGAGCGUCCAUAGCCAAUUUGUCAAGUUAUAAGGACAUUUGUAACAAACAAAUAGGGAAAAACAUUAUAAAUGGAACAAAUCCAAUGCAACAAAAAAUAUUAGAAAAUUCCUUAUGGAAGGAUGAUUCUGGAAAAGGAGACAUUGUGAAGAAUUAUCGAGCUACUACUGAGAAUGAAAGUCACGACCACAUUUACAAUUACAGCAGCAAGUUGGAAUACCACAAAAAAAAACAAGUCAAUAUGUCAAAUAAAAUUCAAGAAAUUGCAAAUAUUUCACCUAAUGAAAAUCAAGGAUCGAAAAUGAAACAAAAUUCGAGAAGCACUACAGACAAAGACAGCAUGACUAAAAAAGAUUCAAACAAUUUAACUUUAGAAAAAUUAACUAAAGGAAACAUUGAAUUGUGGGGACAGAUAACCACCAAGGGAGAAAAGUUGGGACAAUAUAAAUCGCAAUGGAAAAUUUUGAAAGAUGAAAAUUUGUUAGAUAAAGAGAAAACCAAUUUGGAUGAAAAGGCCAAGAAAAAAGGAAUUCAACAAAACGAUAAAGAUAUUGUUGUAACAAGUCAAGAAACGAAAAAAAAUCAACUUGAAGAGGAAAAAGGAAAAGGUAGUAAAAAUGAACCCUUUAUGAAUCAAAAAAUGAAUCACACGAAAUUAAUGGAUAAUAAUCUCACUAAUGAGCAUACAAAAGAUAGCACAAGUGUCAGUAACAUAAACCAUUUUAAUAAACAACCCCCCUUUGUGAAUAAAAGGUACAGCAGUGAAUAUAAUAAAAUGAUAAAUCAGAAAAUGUACACAGGUUUUAAGAGAAAUGUGAAUCACUUUAAUGACAUGAAUAAUGUCCUCCUUCAUGCAAAGGGUCUUACAUAUUCUAACAGACAUUUUACCACUACAAAUAACGACAAUUUAUUUGGUAUAAGAAAAGAAGGGGAGAAAAAAGAUAAUGUUGUGUGUACUAAUCCUACCAAUUUAGAAAGUAAUGUAUCAAAAUUGAGCAACUUGAAAAAGUUUACAGACUUGAAAAAGUUAAUGCACUUAGCAAACGGGUUGAAUGAGGGUAAAAAUUCACAAGGAAAUAUUGAAACAGAGAAAAACACAAUUGAAAACAAGUCAGCAUAUAAUCGAUUUACGGAAAUUUUUACAAAUAAAAUUAAAAACUUUACACUUCGAAAUAGUAAGUCAAUCAGAUGCAGUAAGACUCAUGAAAAUGUACCUUUUUCUAAUGAUACAAAUUCUGAGGAAAAAGACAAAAGUAGUGAACUUAAGAUGGAAAGCAAAAAUUCGGAUGAUAAUAGCAGCAAGGUGUUGGAAGAAAACACAUCUAAGUAUCAUAAUUCUCUCGUUAAUGAAAAGGGGAAUUACCUGUGUGACAAUAAAAAGAGAGGAAAUAUAGUCGAUAGUUUCAUAGAACAACUCAAUUUUUUCCAAAGUAAAUGCACAUCGGUUGAAGUUAAUCAACAUCAUCAUGAAGAGAGCCUUCCCAGUGAGGACAACAAGACACAGAUGGAAGUAGCAGAAGCAGGCGUAGACACGAGGGAAGAUGCUAGGGAAGAUGCAGGAGGACACACACACAUUAAUGACACAACUAAGAAACCAACUGAACACAAAAACAUUGCUGAGGAUAAAAACAACGAUAUUGGUAUAAGCCAAGUGAGCAGCAUUUUUUGUACAGUAAAGAACAAUCGAGAUGAUGUGAAGAAAAGAGGGAAGGGCAUGCAUAUUAGAAAACCCGGGAUACUAGGUGUCUCGAAUGGCAAAGAUGAGGAUAUACAACAAUCUGGGAAUGUGAACAAUUAUCCAAAUGGCCACAUGAGCAACUCUCCAAUUGGCCACACGAACAAUUACCCUAUUGGUUACAUGAACAAUUACCCGAUUGGCCACAUGCAGAACUCUCCAAUUGGCCAUAUGAAAGCUUUAAACACGCAUACAGGUGCAAUGAGAAACUUAAAUAAUGCAAUGUACAGUGGUAAGGGUGGCAUUAAUUGGUGUAACGAAUUUGCAAACAAUAUGGUUCAUAAAAGUAACAAUGCAUCCCUUGCACGUAAUAGGAAUAUCAUCAUGUUGGAGGGAAUGUAUAAACCAAAUUACAAUUCACAAAUGCAGAACAGAAUUAACAUUCAAGCAAGAGGUGUGCCACGAGGAGCAUCAGCAGCACCUGUAUCACGUGGAUCACAUAACAUGAAAAAAACAAAUUCUUAUUUUUUGCACCACAACCAACAUAACGGAGAAUUAUUCUUCCCAUUUCAGAAAAGAAAUAGCACUUUACAUAACCCUGUAUCAGUUCCGAAAUUUCAAGGUCAUCAAAAUAAAAUGACAGAUUUAAUAGAAAAGGAAAAAAAUUUAUUGGAUAUAUGUGACAUGAAUGCAAAGAAUGAUAUUUCCUACUCAAACGAAAUAAACCCUCUUUUUAAAACUGAACAUAUGCAACAAACAAUGCACAAUUAUAGAAAAAAAAAUGUAAGUAAUGAUAUAGGUAAUAUUGAACAAUAUACUACUGAUAAGAGGACUUUUGUUAAUCCCUUCAUGGAACAAGAAAAUAGCCACAAGGGAUUAGGUUAUAUGCAUCUAAGUAAUAACAUACUUCUAAACAAAUCAAAUGCCAACAAUCGCUAUAAUUAUUCUCUUUUUAACAAAAAAAUUAACUUCCAAGAGGAAAAAAAUAACACUCACACCAGUACCUUCAAUUCAUACAACACGAAAGAUCAGCUGAAACGCAAUUGUGUUCUCAAGGAUGCACAUAUGCAGGAAAAUUAUAUCAUGAAGCCUGUUCAUCAUAACUGGAAUGGCACUGCCCACCAAAUUGGAACCCAGUUAGAUCCACCUAACGUUGACAAAUGCAUGCUGCAGAAGUGGAAAAAAAAUAAUGCAAACGAGGUAGACGAUUCCAGUAAGGUAUAUCAUGAAAUGGACUCUAAUAAGGUAUAUCAUGAAAAUGUCAGUAACCUCUGGAACCCGCAAAAUUUCACAAAGGAAACUACAACCUUAAAAAAAAAUGAUGGAAGGGUAUCCAUGGCCCCCAACUUUUUAACCCCUUAUCAUAAAGACAUCCCUUCUAAUGAUAUGCAAAGCGUGAAUUUCGCUGAUGAAAGUAAUAACCUUACCAUCGAACAAAUAAUGAAAAUACCUGGAGUAAAAUUAGGAAAAAAUUACAUACAAGAUGUAGACAUCUGUUCAGAUUGGCUAAAGUUUAAUGAUUAUGACAAGAAAGUCAUCGAAGAAUCUUUAAAAAACAGCUUCAAGAACAAAAAUUACAAGAAUUUUAUGGAUUCUAUGCAAUCUGCAAAUGGAUUUUAUUCCACUGUCAAAUAG